GAAGGGCAAUUGGGCGGACCCCGAACAGAAACAUUCUCCGGCGCACACUCUCAUUCUGCCCAGUUCGAUCGGCAACGGGAGCGGAAAGAGGAAAGCAGCGAGCCUGAAGGCAGUAGCCCCCACCACCGCCGGCCCAGGUUACCAUCUAGCACCGGGAAACAUAGCAGAGAGCCGCCGCCGGCAGAAGCCAUUACCAACCAGUCAGUAGUAACCAUGAGCGGCGAGGCCGAGACACAACAACAACCACCGCAGCCUGCUGCCGAUGCGGAGAGUCCAUCCAGCCCGGCAGCCGCAGCUUCCGCGGGGGAUAAGAAGGUCAUCGCAACAAAAGUCUUGGGUACAGUCAAAUGGUUCAACGUCAGGAAUGGAUAUGGUUUUAUCAAUAGGAAUGAUACAAAAGAGGACGUUUUUGUACACCAGACAGCCAUCAAAAAGAACAAUCCGAGAAAAUACCUUCGCAGUGUUGGAGAUGGAGAAACUGUGGAGUUUGAUGUAGUUGAAGGAGAGAAGGGAGCAGAGGCAGCAAAUGUCACCGGCCCAGGAGGUGUUGCAGUCCAGGGAAGCAAGUACGCUGCUGACAGGAACCGCUAUAGGCGCUACCCCCGAAGGAGGGGCCCACCCCGUGGUGGAGACUAUCCAGACAACUACCAGAGUGAUGGAGAGGGUGAGCCUGGCAGUGGAGGUCGUGACAAAAGCAGCCGAGAGGGGGGAGAGAGCGCCCCUGAAGGAGACUCACAGCAGCGCAGACCCACUUACUCUGGCAGACGGCGCUACCCACCAUACUUUGUACGUAGACGCUACGGCCGCCGGCCCCCGUACACCAACGCACCACGCGGAGAGAUGACUGAGGGAGGUGAGGGUGACGAGAGCCAGGGAGGUCCAGACCAGGGCAGCAAACCAGUGAGGCAGAACUACUACAGAGGCUUCCGACCAAGGUUCAGACCAAGGGGUCCACCUCGUCCCAGACCGGUGCGGGAUGGUGAAGAGGACAAAGAGAACCAGGGUGGCGAAGGAGGUCAAAACCAACAGCCCCGCCAGCGGCGCUACCGCCGUAACUACAACUAUCGUCGCAGACGCCAACAGAGUGGUGGCAAACCUGGCCAGGAAACCAAGGAGGCCAAGACAGGAGGUGACCCAUCUGCAGAGAAAACGUCCGCUCCCGAGGCCCAGCAGGGUGGGGCUGAGUAGGAAACACCUGCCCACCGGCACCUACCAUCUUUUACCAUCGUCCGGUUUUUUUGUCAACAAGAAGAAACAUCAAACAAGAUCUGAGCAAUAAAGAUUUGACUUGACGAUCGUCACAAGCUUGCACCAUGCAUUUGACCAGAUUACCACCGAUUGCCUGCAGAAUCUAUGCAGACCUGUUUUUUUUCCAUUAUUUUUAUGUGACAGCUACAAAACAUUUUGGGGAAACAGCAAAUGUUUUUCUAAAAUCUGUCCUAAGUUUUUACACCAAAUGGUUUUUAAAGAAAAAAUGGAAUUUGAUAUCUGUGGUCAGUUUGACAUUUUUAAAUAACUUUUUAUGUAUUCAAACAUUUUAACAAAAUGCAAGCUCAAAUAAAAGUCCAGAAAUGAGAAAAA